UGGAGUCCAAGCAGAUACAACAUUUUUCUACAUGACAUGUACUAGAUGGCUUUGUUCUUUUCAAAGAUCAGGUAGAUCGCGAAAAGAAUGCGUCGAGGAAGAUAGCUUGUGUAAGAAGCCAAACGUAAAUGAAGAAUACCUCCAAACAUUUAGAACAAAUUCUUAUAUGGAAAUAUGUAACAAAGCACAAGCUAGCAACAGAUCAAGACUCUCUUCUUCUUGUUCAACAUCUUCUCUUCCUAUAUGCAUGAAUCUAACCGAGUCUUUGCUUGAACCCCGACAAGAAAUAAUAACCAACAUGACACAAAAUUUUAAGGUUCAUCAUCUUAUAGUUGAUUACUUCAAUGCUAGCUUAGAUGCAUGUCGUUGUUGUGACAUAAUCCUUGAAGGAAUCCACUCAACAAGACUUUCUUAUACAAGAAUCACACGAGUUGUUACGCUAAGUAAAAACGUGCUUAAUGAAUUCAAUGAUAGCACCAAUGGAAAAACCAAGAAGGAUAUACACAAAGAGGUUGCUUCAUUUUCAUCAAAACUACAAAACAACCGUUUGUCGGUUAUAAGUACAAUGCAGUUCCGUGACAAUCACGAUAGGUUCAUUGAACUUCUUCAAAGACUAACAUCAAAGAGGGAAAAAAUCAAAAGAAAAUUAGCAUUGAUUAGGGUAUGCAAGAAAGUUGGAGGAAUUGCUCUUGUUACUUCACAUGGUGCAAUUCUUAAUGCCGCUGCGAAAGGGGUAUUUAUAAUGAUUAAUGAUUUGGAUACUAUGAGUAGGAUGGUGAAGAGGGUGAAUGAUGAGGUGGAACAUAAGAAAAUGGUUGCUGAUGUUUGUGUGAAGAAUGUUGGAAGUAAAUGUGAAAUAUUGAAGCAGGUUAUGAAUGAGUUUAGUGAUUAUGAGAGUAGGUUUUUGGAGCAAUUGGAAGAACUUGAAGAACAUGUAUACUUGUGCUUUCUCACUGUAAACAAAUCAAGAAGACUUGUUAUGCAACAAAUUAUAUAAAGAAAUAAAUAUAUCGAAGUCGUGGCUUUGAUACAUGUUUGUUUUGUUUCAA